UUGUUUACGAUGACGUCACAACCACAUGACUGUGAGUGCUUCACGCCGGGUAGAAGUGUAACGAAUUCGAUGCGAGUUGUCAACAAAUCCUAUAACUUGGUUCAUGAAACGCGCUUACAAAAUAUUUUCACUGUGAAUAUUUAUUGUGUAAUGGUGCAAAGUGAGAGAGAGAGAGAGAAUAGCCCUUAGGGCAGAGUCAAUCCCGCCAGCAAAAAUAGGGAAAAGAAGGAGCGAUCUCACCUCUUCAGAUGUUGGUUUAAGUCCUACAAUACAUUCCUCAAAUAGGGCUUAGAAGAACAAAUUAAUCCAUCAACGUGUAGCAUUCAAUUUAUUCCGGACCAUUAAAGACGCCGCCUUCCGCGUAGAAUCAUACGUCAUCCUCGCCGCCAUAUUGGAUGGGUCAAUGCGGAGAAUAAAGAUGCCUCAUUCAUGUGCUGCGUUUAACUGUACCAACAGGUUUGCCGUCCAAACGAGAUCACAUGGGAUUACCUUUCACAGCGUCUACAGAAGACAGGAGUCAUCACAUAUCCAGGAAGCCGAAGUUUUCUCUAGUAAGAGAUGUCUGGAGUGGUUUUAUGAGUAUGCAGGUUGUGAUGAUGUGGUUGGACCAGAAGGCAUGGAGAAGUUCUGUGAAGAUAUUGGAGUGGAACCGGAGAAUGUGGUGAUGCUAGUAUUGGCUUGGAAACUGAAUGCUCAGAGUAUGGGCUACUUCACCCUGCAGGAGUGGCUUAAGGGAAUGGGUUCAUUGCAAUGUGAUUCAACUGAAAAACUCAGGAACUCUCUAGACUACCUGAGGUCUAUCCUCAACGAUGCUACGAGUUUUAAGCUCAUUUACCGAUACGCCUUUGACUUCGCCCGUGAGAAGGAUCAGAGGAGUUUAGAUCUAAACACUGCCAAGUGCAUGCUGGGACUCCUAUUGGGGAAAACCUGGCCACUAUUUCCUGUGUUUAACCAGUUUCUAGAGCAAUCCAAGUAUAAAGUAGUAAAUAAAGACCAGUGGUGCAAUGUUCUAGAGUUCAGUAGGACCAUUAACUUGGAUCUCAGCAACUAUGAUGAGGACGGGGCUUGGCCAGUUUUGUUGGAUGAGUUUGUGGAGUGGUACAAAGACCGAGAGAUGUCCUAGCAACAACCGUCAUUGCCUCUACCAUCACCAACAACUAGAAACUAAUCGGCAACAAGCACCAUGGCAUCAGUGACAAAAAUGACUUAGAAAUGGUCCUUACAAACAAAACAUAAUUGGACCAGGUGGGGCAAACUGUAGGUCUCCUGCCACUGAAUUGUGUGCGUGUGUGUGUGUAUGUAUGUGUGUGUGUGUGUGUGUAUGAGUGAAAAAGUGUCAGUGUUCCUUCAUAUAAUGUUCACAUGUUGCCCUUCUCAGAAGGGUUAUAUGUGAACGUCAUCACUGAUGAUAAAUAGGUCAAACACCACCUCAGCCGUAAAUUCUCACCUGAUGUCCUGAUCAACCUGCAAUGCAUCAUGGGAAAGCACAUGGCCAAGCUCAGUGCCAUGCCAUGCCACCCUACUGUGACGUGUCUAACUGUGAAUGUUUGAAUGGGUGUUUAAGAGGGGUGAUCUGUGAUAUUCCACAUCAUAGGGUAACUACCUAAAUACCCAAGUUCCCCUCUUAAACCUUAUGAAGUCUCAUUUAAAACACAAACUUGUAUAAGAAUCAUCUAUAAUGAUGAAAAAUUAAAAAACAAAAUAAUCAAAAUAGCCCUUGUUGCUGAUUAUGAUCUGAAGCACAGUGACCACACAUCAGAUCCUCACCUGUUGUAUUACAUUUCACCAUAAAAUGUCUCACUUUGCAAGAGAAAUAUUAUGAAGACAGUCUUUCCUUUAAACAACCUGAUUAAACAUUAUCACAGCAACUGCGAACUAUCAAUGAGAAAAGUGCUAAAUCGGCCCUCAAACUAUUUUCUGAAGCACUCAUUGCUAUUUAGUUGUACAGAUUAAUUUAAUUUGAUAAAUUACACAGGGUAAUUAUACAAGUUUAUCAUACUUAAUAUAACUACCUGCCAUUUAACUGUUCCCCCCCCCCCCCCCCCCAAAAAAAAAAAAAAAUGUUUGACUUUUUUUUUUAUCAUCAUUCUUCCUGAUUUAGUUCACAUCUUUAAAUAGCACAUAAUUAAUUAUGUGCAUUAUUGCUGUAAAGUUUCAGAUGUUGCCUAACAUGGUCGCUGUUCUGGAGAAAGAAUCCCAGAGGAGAUGACGGUUAUCCUUUAUCUUUUACGUUACCAAGUUUUGGGGCAUGACACAAAAGUGCAAAUCUGAGUUUGGUUCUCCGUUCGAGCUAGAUCUCUUCUGUAUGUCUGUGGUAUUACAGAUAAAGCAGUGGCUGUUUAAAAAGAAAAAAGUGGAGGGUAAAGAUAUCUGUCCUUCAUGUGAUUUGAGUAAUGUAACAGGGUUUUGUUAAGCAUAAGAAAGUUUGAUAUUUCUUGGGCCAAUAUGGUAAAAAUCUUCUAGUGUGCCAACAUUUAGCGAGGAUUACUGUUAAGUAGUUUUGCUGUCAUUAUUAUUAUUAUUAUUAUUAUUAUUAUUAUUAUUUUCCCUUUGGUGCACCAGUUAUUUAAGAAAGCACUGUUAAAGGGAGUUAAAUGCUCAAGUAAAAGAUUAAAGUCUUGGGGGAAAAUAAAUAAAUAAAUAAUAAUCUUGCAUCGAAUUGCACAUUGCCCUUCCUUGGUCGCUCCAGUUCUACAGAUGAUAAAUUUGAUAAUGGUUUUCUUCCCCAUGCAUCUCCUAUCAGAGAUGUAUGUGUCAUUGCCCCGUGUUUGACACUUCGGUGUGCCCUUAUACUUUCAUGCUCUUCUGUAGAAUCUAUUUGAGUAUUUGGUCUCAAGCCAAUUUACUUUAAUGGAUCACCAAUAGACACGCUUUUUUUUCUCUUUGUGUUGUUCCAAACAAGUGUUCCUUCAAUUCACGUGUUACGCAGAUAAAAUGGCAUGUUGAGGCUGUCUCUUGAAGUGGAAGGGACAUGUGAUGGGAAUCACAAGCUUCCACAGCAAGACCGUAAGCCCAUAGUGACUGUUGCAUAGCAACCGUUUAACAUUCUAGUUACAUUUGUAAAAUGUUUAGUUUCGUCUUUGGCUGUGGCGUGAAGCUAACUUGUCAUCUGAGUGGACAAAAAAAAAAAAAGUGCAUGCGUACUUCAUGCAGAGCUGUUGGAGUAAAAAUGACUUAUUUUUGAUUUUUAUUUUGUAAAUGUUAGUUCUUUAUUCCUUUUUUUUUUGUACAGGUAUUUGUGAAUUUAUUGUACUUAAUUUUUCCCCCACAGCCAUGGAGUCAUUGUUUUCUGAAAAUCAUGAUUGUCAUGGUAUCUAACGCUUAAAUACACUUUCAACCUCAUUUGCUGAAACGUUUCUGUUUGCUUUCUUUUACUCACCACUUUCACCACAUGCUAAACUACACCAACCAGAAGUCUUUGCAGCACCUGAAUUUGCACAAUUUAAGUGCUUGCAAGAUCAUCAUGAUGACGUAUUGCAAUGGCCGAUGUAUUGUCUUUUUUUUUUUUUUUUCCUUUUAUGAUUUGACACAGCUGUUUUAUUGUCUGUAAUGCACAGAAAUCAUAAAAAAACUGACACAUACAAUGCAAAUACCAUAAAUUUAAUAAUUAGGUUGUUAGCUGUAGUUAAAACCUGUAGUGGGAGGAACUACAUGUCUUGACUAUAAUUAGAAAAAUCCGAUUAAAGAUGUGUAAUUUCCUUACAUCUGUAAUAAUGUAAAUGAAAUGUAUGGCUAGGAUAGUUUUACCAUUAGAUGUGUUUCUUUUCAUGUAUUAAAAUUUUAAGCACUGAACAUAUAAUAAUAUGAAUACCACUAAAAGAGUAACGGCUUUUUGGGGUUUAUGAUUUUGCUUUUCAGUGAUUUUACCAAAUGUGUUCUUUUACAGCGUUUACAAGAAUAGGUGAGCUGAUGUGUAAUAAAUCCAAUAAGCCCUGCAUUUUGGGCAAAGCAAACAAUUUUGUAAGGAUGAAACAUUUUGAAGUGGGUUAUAAUCAAUAUUUGGCAAUGUACGACUAUGACGAUGUGCAAUCUGGAGAUAACGUAAUGUAACCUAAUGUUGCUAUAGGCACUUUUGUUCCUGUGGCAGUGUUCGAUUAGCAGAUCUGUGUUAUGACUGUUUUGCUAGCAAUGUUGGCUAAUGCAGGGAGGAUUGGCUGACUAUCUCCUUUGACUGUGUGUGUGUGUGUAUAUAUGUAUGGAUGUGUGCAUAUGUGUCUGUUUUCACUGUAACCUAUCUCUACGUUCAGUAUAUAAAGAGGUUUGUUAAUGAA